AUGGCUUCUUCAAGUGGUUCAGCUGCCUUCAGACUGGUACUGCUGGGUCUGCCUGGAGCAGGAAAGACGACCGCCGCAAACGCCAUCUUGGGCCGAGACGUCUUCCCGGAGUGCGCCACCACGAAUAGCUCCAUGCAGACACAGAUCAUCGGAGGGAGGAGCAUCUCGCUGAUUGACACUCCGAGGUUUCUGAUGAGUUCAUCUCCGAGCGACGGCGGUCGACCGAGCGGAGAAGACCUGGAGCAGUGUAUGUGCGCGGCCGCUCCGGGACCCCACGCCUUCCUCCUGGUCGUCCCCCUCGGCAGGCCUCUCUCGGCGGAGGUGACCGGAGCCGUGGAGUGGAUCGGACAGAGACUGGGCGAGGACGCCCUGAGGAUGACUGUGGUUUUGUUCACCAGGAGGGAGAGGGUCACGAGGCGGGAGUGGGACAGCUUCCUGUCGCGACAGGAAGUGCGGGACCUGAUCGGACGCUGCGGGGGAGGGUGCCACGCUGUGAACAGCAAGGCGGAGAUCGAAGCGUGCCAGGUGACGGAGCUGCUGGAGAAGGUGAGGGCCAUGGCGGAGAAGAGGGGAGGGGGGCACUACGCGACUGACAAGUUCCUGGCGGCACAGAAGAAAGCUGAAGCAGAAAGGGAGGACGCGAGUGCUGUGGAGGAGGUGGCCAGGAGACUGGAGGUGGAGAGGGAGAGACAGGAGGAGGAGACGCAGAGGCUGGUGCUGGAGAGGAGACGCAGGGAGAUGGAGCGGCCGAGUAAGGAGGAGAGCCAGCAGGUGGCCAGAGGAGGACGGCAGCAGCAGCAGGACGCAUGGUGGAUGGCAGAGAGGUGCGCUGCAGUAGCAGGGUCCUUCAUGGCGCCUUUUUUCAAACGCUAA